AUGGCUGUUAAAGAUAUAUUCUUUAACAUAGUUAGUGUCAUUGUACCAGGUGGUAUAAGCAAAAAGAAAAAAACGUCUGAUGAUAGUUUGGAUAAGUUAAAAGAAGAAGUAUCGAUCGAUGAACAUAUUAUUCUGUUAGAAGAACUUAUUGAUCGCUUGGACACCGAUGUCGAAAACGGUUUGACAUCAGAAAAAGCUCGGCAAUUGCUUAUAAAACAUGGUCCGAACUCAUUGACACCACCAACUGAAGUUCCAGAAUGGAUCAAAUUCUGUAAAUUACUUUUCGGUGGUUUCUCAGCUCUAUUGUGGGUCGCAGCUCUUCUUUGCAUUAUUGCUUAUGCUGCUUCUGUCGCAUCAGAUCCAACUACAACCAAAGAUAAUUUAUGGUUGGGUAUUGCUCUAUUGAUUGUCGUCAUUGUCACAGCAAUAUUUGCCUAUUAUCAAGAAUCAAAAGCAGGAAAGAUUAUGGAAUCAUUUAAACAAAUGGUUCCUCAACAUGCCAAUGUAUUGCGUGAUGGUCAAAAAGUAGAAAUAUCUGCCGAAGACUUAGUUGUUGGUGAUAUUGUUUUCAUCAAAGUUGGAGAUAAAACUCCUGCAGAUAUUCGAAUCCUAUCAUCACAAGGUUUUAAAGUAGACAAUUCAUCAUUAACGGGUGAAAGUGAACCAUUAACCCGUUCACCUGAUUGUACUGAUCACAAUCCAUUAGAAACAAAAAAUCUUGCUUUCUAUAGUACGUUUGCCGUUGAAGGUUCGUGCACUGGUUUGGUUAUUCGCACGGGUGAUAAUACUGUUAUGGGUAGAAUAGCUAAAUUAGCCAGUAGUGUUAGUAAUGAAGUAUCUCCGUUAAAUGUUGAAAUAAAUCAUUUUGUUCAUAUGGUAACAAUAGUGGCUAUUACUUUUGGAAUUAUAUUUUUAAUUGUUUUAAUAAGUCUUAAUAUGGGUGUUUUACGUGCCAUUGUUUUUGUUAUUGGUAUUAUUGUAGCAAAUGUUCCUGAAGGUCUUUUAGCAACAAUAACUGUCAUGUUGGCAUUAACUGCUCAAAGAAUGGCUCGAAAAAAAUGUUUAGUUAAAAAUUUAACAGCUGUCGAAGCAUUAGGAAGUGUUUCAGUAAUUUGCUCUGAUAAAACUGGAACAUUAACACAAAAUCGAAUGACUGUAGCACAUUUAUGGUUAGAUGGAUCUAUUGCUAGUGUUAAUCUUUCACAUACACAUCCUGCUCAAGUAGUUUUUGAAAAUCCAAUAAUUGAUUCAACAGCUGAUGAACAAGUUAUUCAAAUUGAACGAGAUCGAUCAAGUUAUGAAGCUCUUUUAAGAUGUGCUAUGCUUUGCUCAAAAGCUGUUUUUAAGACUGAUGAAGAUAAUUUAAAUAAAUCUCCACUACAAAGACUUGUCAAAGGUGAUGCUAGUGAAACAGCUAUUCUUCAAUUUACUGAACUUGUUGUUGGCAAUGUUGAAGAUUAUCGAGCAAAAAAUCCUCGUGUUUGUGAUAUUCCAUUUAAUAGUACAAAUAAAUAUCAAGUAUCAAUUCACGAAACCGACGAUCAAGAUCAACAAUAUUUACUUGUGAUGAAAGGUGCACCAGAGAGAAUUGCUGAACGAUGUUCGAAAAUUUUUAUUAAUGAUAAUGAAUAUGAUCUUGAUGAUGAAUGGAGAGAGAGAUUGGAUGAUGCAUAUAUGACAUUAGGUGGAUUAGGUGAACGGGUUCUCGGAUUUUGUGAUUUACGUUUACCAUUAGAUCAAUAUCCUCGAGGAUUUACAUUCGAGUCGGAUAAUCCUAAUUUUCCACUUGAAGAUUUACGUUUUUUGGGUUUUGUAGCGAUGAUUGAUCCACCACGACCUGGAGUUUCUGAAGCUGUACAAAAAUGCCGUACAGCAGGAAUUAAAGUUAUUAUGGUUACAGGUGAUCAUCCUAUUACAGCUAAAGCUAUUGCAAAAAGUGUUGGUAUUAUCACUUCAGAUACAGCUGAAGAUUUGGCUAAUCGUUUUCAUCUUCCUCUUGAAACAAUUGAUUCAAAAGAUAUUCGUUCAAUUGUUUUAUCUGGUUCGGAAUUAGCUCAAAUGUCAUCAAAACAAUUAGAUGAAGUUCUUCUAUCAUACCGUGAAAUCGUAUUUGCUCGAACAUCGCCUCAACAAAAAUUAAUUAUUGUUGAAGGUUGUCAAAGACUACAAUGGAUUGUUGGUGUUACUGGUGAUGGUGUUAACGACUCACCGGCUCUUAAAAAAGCUGAUAUUGGAAUAUCAAUGGGUAUAUCUGGUUCUGAUGUCAGUAAACAAGUGGCAGAUAUGAUUUUAUUGGAUGACAAUUUUGCAACAAUAGUUGCUGGUGUUGCUGAAGGUCGACUUAUGUUUGAUAAUUUGAAAAAAGUUAUUGCUUAUACAUUCACAAAAAAUUUAUGUCAACUUUUACCUUUUCUUCUCUAUGCAAUUGUUGAUAUUCCACUUGCAUUAAGUACGAUAACUAUAUUAUGUAUUGAUUUAGGAACUGAUAUUGUACCUAGUAUAACAUUUGCCUAUGAAAAAGCAGAAGGAGAUCUUUUAGAGCGACCGCCGAGAAAAAGAACUGAUAAAAUGUGUACUAUUAAGUUGAUUACACUUUGUUAUGGACAAAUGGCCAUGAUUGAAGCAAGUGGCGCAUUUUUUGCUUUUUUUGUUGUUAUGGCUGAAAAUGGUUGGUGGCCAUCAAGAUUACUUGGAAUACGAGAUGCAUGGGAUUCACCUGCUGUUAAUGAUCUUCGUGAUAGUUAUGGUCAAGACUGGACAUAUGAACAAAGACGAAAUCUCGACUUGGCUGCACAAUCUGCAUAUUUUAUUGGCAUUGUUAUAACACAAAUUGGAAAUUUACUUGGAAAUAAAACAGCUCGUCAAUCAAUAUUUGACAAAAGCUUUUUUCGAAAUAAAUUAAUGUUAUUGUCUAUUAUAUUUGCCAUUGGUCUUGCUUGUUUUCUUCUUUAUAUUCCAUCACUUAAUCAAGCACUUAAUCUUGCACCAAAUCGAUUUCUGUGGUGGUUACCAUCUAUUCCUUUCUUUUUAUAUUUAUUAGCAUUUAAUGAAAUACGAAAGUUUUUUAUUCGAAAAUUUCCAGGUCGAUUUCCAUCACGACAACUCACUUUUUGA